AUGGCUGCUUCCCGCGGAUUCCAGACAGGCGCUGUGCUGAGACAGGAUACUGUUGUUGCGCCAGUGAAGAAGCCCGUUGGUGCUUUUAGGGGAGGAUUGUUCGGCUUCCUUCUCGGUGCUACCGCAUCCGGCGCAGGCAUGUACUACUAUGUCAUUGACGAAUACCGCGUAUCGAACCAGCUCCUGACCGAGGACAUCUACGCUCUCCAAUCUGCGGUCCAACGGAUAGAAGGCUACGUUCGUACCCUCGAGGACAAAGUCGAUGCGAAGAAGCGAUAA